AUGGCUUCUGCAGACUCUCCAGACACUAGCCUGCGCGGCCGCCUUGCUGCCGUCCUUCCCAGAGGUUACAAAUUCGGCAUCCAUCAUGUAUCGACGCCUCCCACCAAGGUUGACGCGCUCUACUCUGCACCUCCUGGCGAACGGCCCGAACGAACAUACUGCGAGAAACACUUCCUCAGCGUUUCAAUUGACUCUCAAGACACGUUAGAGAGUGCCUCAUACAGUGAUAAUACACCGGAGCAGGCUGCGCAGCGGAAGCGAGUCCUAGUCCUCGGGAUCGAAAUCUUCAUAUACACCACGGCCAGAUCUACCACCUUAUUUGUGUCCAAGGCUGAUUCUACCGGAUUUCUGGACAAGCUACAGCUGCCCAAGGGUGCUCCCAGUCCGAUUCGAGAAGUGUGCGCGACCUUCAUCCGCUACUUGGUCGACAAACGAAGGCGCAAGGACGUGCAGUUCGUAGUCAGUCUCUUUGCACGCGCGCAAGACCAGUACCUGUUCCCCGGAAGCAUCGAAUACCCCGGAAAGCACGUUUUGGACGAUCGCGGCCUCGUCAAGUGGUGGUGUCGGGUGCUUGACCCCGUUGUCGAGUCACCUCCAACCGGCAGUCUAUCGGCAUGGCGAAACACCAAGGGAUAUCUACUUGUUCCUGGCCUUGACGCCUACGAGACUCGUGCGUUCAUUCCGCGACGUGCCGGUGCUACAUCUUGCUGGUCAUUGAACCACCCGCUGGAGCGUAUUUCACAUUAUUUUCGAGAGUUUGACUGGGUACCGCCACGGUGUCUCAUCCCCCGGUUCCCGGAUGACCCCAAAUCCCGAUUCCGCGACGAGCUGGAUGACGAAGUCACAAAGACCAAGGCGAUGAAGACUACGGGGAGCUGGAAAUCAGUCAAGACACUUGACAUGUUUUGGGAGAUGAUGGCCUUCCGACAAGAGUGUUCAAGUGGUAGGAUGACGGGGUUCAUAUGGGUCGUGUUUGAUGACUUGGAGGACGAGCCAAAGCAAGAUGGUAGUGACACUGUAUCGAUAUCUAGUGCCUCAGUCGUGACCAGUGCGCCAAAACGUGAUUCUGAGAUUGAAGACAAGAAGACCAAGAAGAAGAAGAAGAAGUCGGCAAAGACCAAGAGCAAGCUCAGAGGCCCCAUCAAGCCCCGGCAGCCACGUAUCAAGACCAAACAGCGCAACUACCUCCUAGACCAGCCUGUAUCGUCCGCAUACUACUACUGGCCGCCCCAAGGCCGAGGCGAGAGGAUCGUGGACGAAGCCGAUUAUAAGCGUAUGCAUGAGCUUCUUCUGCGCUUGGACUUUGCUACCUUGGAAAAAGCCACAGGGAGCACGCGCCGCUGGCUAAGCGAGGUUGGCCUUGGAAGCCGGUGGGGAUUUGACGUUACAGGGACGCGGGAGCUUGCUGUAGCAGAUGGAGACAAGCCGGUUCAAGGAGUUGCACCCGUCAAUAACCUGUCUGGCCUUGUCAAGAGGAAAAGGGCCGACACGGUGACGGAGGCAUCACAGGGAGAGACGGCUGAUGGCAGUAGCGUCAAUGUGCUGAGCGAUGGGCUGGUUAGGAAAAAGCCCAAGCAAGAGCAGGAGAAUGAUGCUCAUGACGGCGAUGUGAACGCUCCUACGGUCAAUGUGCUGGGCGCAGGGCUUGUGAGGAAGAAGGAAAAGGCGUGA